CAUUUUAACUAUUUUACAUUAUGUACAAUUAUGUAAUGUAGUUAUAUUAACGUCAGAAUAUAAUAUAUUGAGAAAAUAUUUAAGAACAUUAAAUUAUUGUGCAGUGAUUUAUAUUAAUAUAUGCAACAAGUUACAAUAACGUUACUCUUUGUAUGUCGAAAUUUUUGCGAUAAAUCGCAAUCGUAAUAGGAGCACAUACAGUGAUAAAAGAAAACAUAAAAAAAUAUAUAUAAAAAAAAUUCUUCUACAUCAUAUCUACAACGAUAUCGUAUAGAGUAAGGUCAUUUAGAUAAUGAUAUCUGCUUUACCCUACACGAUUCUCCUUAAUUCCUCCUUAAUUAUUCCUACAAUGUUCUGUUAGCAAUGGCGUACGUUAUUAUUGUGUAAGUGACUCGCUCUCUCUCUUUUUCCCUGAGAAGUUUUCAAACUUUUCUGCAUUAAUUAAUUCUCGAGCGCAAUUAUAGUGGAUAAACUCGAUUGAGUAAUCGUGUAUCUCCACCACUUCCCUCAGCGUACGAUAAUAGAGCUCUUAAAGUCGAUGUGUGCACUGUAGCAAGUUUUAGUAUAAGGCUUGAUCACAUCAUGAUAGAGUCGCUGGAGUUUACGCCGGUAUACGACGAUACCACUACAAAAUUCCUGCAAAAUGAAUUUGCAAGACUUAAAGGCGAAUGCUAUGUGGAUCACGCGGGUGCAACUUUAUACUCGGAUACACAAAUUAAGAAUGUUGGUGCCGAUCUGCAUGGUUGUCUUUAUGCUAAUCCGCAUUCUCUCGGCAUCGGGAGUUUAUCGACACAGGAUAUUAUCGAGCGCAUGAGAUAUCGGAUUUUGAGUCACUUCAAUACGACUCCCGAUGACUACAGCGUUAUUUUCACCUCGGGCGCUACAGCGGCUCUAAAGAUAAUUGCGGAAGGCUUUCGUUUCAAGGCGAAUAAAAAUAACGAGACAACCCGGUGUACGGGAAAUUUCGUUUACGUCCAAGACAACCAUACGUCGGUUCUCGGAAUGCGAGAUGUAGCUGCUGCUAGAGGUGCCAAGGUCAUUUGUCUCGACCAUAAUCGGGCGUUUCGAGUCUUCAGCCAGCAUGAAACCUCUCGUGAUCUCGAUGAACGACAGAGCAGCAAUUCUCUUUUUGUAUAUUCCGCACAAUGCAAUUUCUCCGGAAUGAAGUAUCCCCUUAAGUGGAUCGAAGAUACGCAUAUCGGAGUGCUUUCUAGUGUUGUUGAUGAACCAUCGACUAGGUGGUACGUUUUACUCGACGCUGCUGGCUUCGUGCCGACGAAUAAUCUGGAUUUAUCUAAUUUCAAACCAGAUUUCGUGUGUGUAUCUUUUUAUAAAAUAUUCGGUUAUCCCACUGGCAUCGGCGCCUUGCUAGUUAAAAAUUCCAGCUCGGAUAUCUUGGAGAAGAUUUAUUAUGGUGGCGGGACCGUGGAUGUUGCUCUCAGUUCCGAAAUAUUUCACAAAAAACGUCCAGUUUUACAUCAAAGAUUCGAAGAUGGAACCGUGUCGUUUCUGUCCAUCGUAUCGUUGAAGUAUGGGUUUGAGAUACUUUCAAAACUUACCAUGGAUAAAAUAUCAAUGCACGUGUUUUCUCUAGCCCGAGUCUUGUAUCAUUCCUUAUUAACAUUACAUCAUUGCAAUGGUGAACCAGUUGUAAAACUGUACUCCGAUUCUGACUAUGAAGAUCACAGCACACAAGGAGGUAUCGUUACAUUUAAUCUCAUCCGAUCCAAUGGUGAAUACGUAGGAUACAUGGAAGUCUUAAAUAUGGCAGCACUAUUCAAAAUACAUCUCAGAACAGGCUGUUUUUGUAAUCCUGGUGCCUGUCAGAGACACUUAUCCCUUUCUACUAAAGAAAUUCUUCGAAAUUACGAAGCAGGAUAUACAUGCGGUGGUGCCGCAGAUUUAAUAAAUGGAAAACCGACUGGAGCAGUAAGAAUCUCCUUUGGAUAUAUGUCUACGGUUCAAGAUGUUCAGACAGUUUUACUUAUGAUCACAAAAUGUUUCGUUGAUAAACCAUGCAUCAGAAAAUUUCCACAAUGGUGGGAAGAAUAUAAAAUCAGAGUCCAUAAAAAAUACAGACACUUUUAUAAUUCUAACAUCAUAGAUUAUUCUAUUCUACCUAUUACAAAUAUUGAGAAAAAUAUUGCAAACAAUAAUUUGCGAAAUAAUUAUCAUAAUAAAAGUGAAGGCGAUUGUGUUAGAAAUUCUAACAAAAUAAUUAAACAAGUAAACAAAUGUACUUUGCAACGAUUAUUUAUAUAUCCUAUCAAAUCGUGUGGUGCAUAUGAGAUUAUAGAUUCAUGGAAUCUAAAUUCAAAGGGUUUAGAAUAUGAUAGAGAAUGGAUGAUAAUAACAUCAUCUGGAACUUGUUUAACACAAAAACACUAUGUAAAUUUAUGUUUGCUUAAACCUAUCAUUUCCAAAAAGCAGGGAAUUAUGAAAUUAACAUAUCCAGGAAUGCCAACAAUUCAAAUACCUUUAGAAAAUACUUAUGAAAACUCAACAGAACAUCCUAUAUGUCAAAGCAGAGUAUGUGGAAGUAGAGUACAAGGUAUUGAUUGUGGAUCAGAAGUUUCCGAAUGGUUAAGUUUGGCACUGGGUAAACCAAAUCUUAGAUUAAUUCAACAAAGUGAUGAGAGACAAAAGAAAGGAAUAAAUAAGACAGAACUAUCAUUUUCAAGUCAAGCACAGUAUUUGGCAAUAAAUGAAACAAGUGUAUCGUGGCUUGUUGAUAGAGUAUCUGAUAAUACAGAUUUCAACAAAGACACAACUAUACAUAGAUUUCGAGGAAACAUUAUUAUAAAAGGCUGUGAUGCUUUCGAUGAAAUGCAAUGGGAAUUUAUUCGCAUAGGAAAUAAUAAUUUUAAAGUAAAUGGUCCUUGUACAAGAUGUCAGAUGAUAUGCAUUGAUCAAACAACUGGACAAAAAACCAUUGAGCCAUUAAGAACGUUAGCAGAAGAAUUUCAUGGAAAGCUGACAUUUGGAAUUUAUUUAACGCGACUGGAGAAUACACAAAUUAAACUUAAAAUUGGUGAUCAGAUUUAUUAUUCUUAAAUGAAUAAUUAUAUAAAAUAAUUUCCAAAUGAUUAAUUAUCUGAACUUUAUAAACAGAUUGAAAUUUAACAUAAACCCCAAAAAACCUCUAAAUAUAUUUUAUAUCAAGCAUUUAUAGCAAACCAUUUAUAAUAAAUA